AUGUGUAAAAGUCUCAAACUUCUUAAUCUUUGCUUUGCUGAUGAUUUGAUUCUAUUUUGUAAGGGAACUCUUUCUGCUGUUAGAGUUUUCAAAGAGGUUCUUGAGGAGUUUAGUGCUGCUACAGAGCUUUCUAUUAAUGCUAGUAAGUGUCACAUUUUCUUUGGAGGAGUUAAUGUUGCUGAGAGAAGGAAUAUCGCUCAAGAGAUUCAGCUCUCUGAAGGAUCUUUUUUGCUUAAGUAUCUUGGGGUGCCUAUGCGGCCAACAAAGUGGAGACAUGAAGAUUGUGACAUUAUUCUUCAAAAAAUCAGAUUGAGGCUUCAGUCUUGGACUAGCAGGCAUCUUUCUUUUGCUGGCCGAAUGAAACUUAUACACUCAGUGUUAUUUGGGCUUCGUAAUUACUGGAUGAGUAUCUUUGUGUUACCUCAGAGUAUUGUUAAGGAAGUAGAGAAGAUUUUCCGUGGGUUUCUUUGGGGAAUUUCUGGAAAUAUAAGCAAGAUUCAUAUUGCUUCUUGGCAGAAGAACUACAACCUGAAACCUGAUUGCAGUUGGUAUUGGAGGAAGUUGUGCCAUAUGAGGGGAAAAUUCAGUUUGGCAGAGGUCCUUGCUGCUGGGGUAACAGGAAGGCUUAAGGCUUCGAAGCUCUACAACAGCUCCUUAAUUCAACAACUGGUGGGAUAUCAUCAAGCAGUUUGGUGUAAACUUGUUAUUCCUAAGCACCGGUUUCUUCUAUGGCAGGUCGUUAAUUCUCAUCUUCUCACUGGGGAUAACAUGCUCAGGAGUAUCUUUGAUGGGUAUUCUUUGGCAGCUGACUGUAUAGCAAGGGAUGUUAUUAACAUAGUGCAGUACAGAUUUUUCAUAGUUAAAAAUAGGAAGAUUUCUCUUCAGGAACAACAUUUUAUAGGAAAACUUCAAUGUAAUUAA